AUGGAAUGGAACCUCAGAAGGAUGGAAAGUGAACUGAGGCACAUCAACCCGGACCUGCUGCAGCCCAGCAAAAGUUUCAAGAAGCCCUCUUCAGGUACAAUCACCAUCAAUGUGGGGGGAUUCUUGUACACCGCCCAUCGGACCACCCUUGUCAAACAACAGGGUUCUUUUCUGGAAGAGCUGGCCAACGGUAAGAAGCCGGUUCAGCACACCGAUUCCAUGGGCAACCCAUUUAUUGAUAGAGACGGUCCAGUUUUUCGCCAUGUGCUCAACUACCUCCGAACCGGAGAGCUCCAGCUGCCCGACGACUUCCGGGAGGCAGGGCUCCUGCGACGGGAGGCUGAUUUUUACCGUCUGAGCGAACUGGUGGAAGCUGUGAUUGACUGGGAAAGUCAGAGGGCGGCCCAGCGGGAGGCUGCCUUUUUGGAGAUGACAGACAGCCAUGAGAGGUCGCAGGGCCUCAAGGUGUACUGCAGUGACUCCACCUUCAUCGACAAGGUCAAAGGGCGGCUGGUGCAGAUCUCCAAGAGCCGCCUGGACGGCUUUCCGGAAGAAUUUGUGGUGUCGUCCAACGUGAUCCAGUUCCGACACUUCAUCAAGUCGGAGCCGGGCUCGCGGCUCGUACUGAAGGAGGACAGCACAUUCUUGUGCACACUUGACUGUCUGAAACUAGAGACGGUGAUGCUGGCGCUAAAAUCAGGCUUCAAGCUGGUCACCAGCCUCGACAGCAGCAAAGGCUCUGUGGUGACGGCUGAGGCUCUGCACUUUGUCAAGUAG